AUGGUUCAAACGUGUUCCGUUGCUUUUUGCAAAAGCAGAAAAACAUCAAGCGGUGACUUACAUUUUUUCUCGUUUCCUUUAAAAAAUCCCGAUCUAUUGCAACAUUGGGUUAGUGCUACAAAAAAAGAUUUGUUUGUUCCAAAUAGAUGGAGUAAAAUUUGCAGUAAUCACUUUUUACCUAGGGAUUAUAGACAACCUCCUGGGGGAACUUAUAUUUUAAAAUUGAAUAGUGACGCUUCCCUACAGUUUGUUUACCAUCAUCAUCCCAACCACCUGUUAAAUUCCAAAAAGUAG